GAAGGAAAAGUAAUCGAUGAUCUCAAAUAUUCAUUCAUUCCAUCUCUUGAUGCUCUUUUCAAUGCAUCAAUGAUAUAAUCAAUCUACACUGACUUUUUCUGAAAGCCCAGAAGUUCAAGGACAGAUCAGUUUCCUAGGAACCUGAUUCCCUGUUGGAAUACUACAGCCACUUGGAAACCCCCAGGGUUUAUAGUGACUCUAGACACAGGAUUCUGUUAUAAGUGAACCCAGAAUCAGUUUUUAAAGGUCAUAUAAAUUAUUUUCAGUUUGUAUUUAAGACUUCUGAUUUUUCUUUUCCAUGUUUUCCACAGGACUAUUUUACAAAUGUAAAUAGAGAGUUGAAAAAAGAUGUCAAGCAAGAUUACCACCUAGAAUAUGCCAUGGAAAACAGUACACACACAAUAAUCGAAUUUACCAGAGAACUGCAUACUUGUGACAUAAAUGACAAGAGUAUAACGGAUAGCACUGUGAGAGUGAUCUGGGCCUACCAUCAUGAAGAUGUGGAAGAAGCGGGUCCCAAGUACCACGACUCCAACCGGGGCACCAAGAGUCUGCGAUUGUUGAAUCCUGAAAAGGCCAAUGUGCUGUCUGUAGACUUGCCAUCCUUUGACCUGGUAAAUCAAGACGUUCCAAUCCCAAACAAAGAUACAACAUAUUGGUGCCAAAUGUUUAAGAUUCCUGUGUUCCAAGAAAAGCAUCAUGUGAUAAAGGUUGAGCCAGUGAUCCAGAGAGGCCACGAGAGUCUGGUCCACCACAUCCUGCUUUAUCAGUGCAGCAACAACUUCAACGACAGUGUUCUGGACUCUGGCCACGAGUGCUACCACCCGAACAUGCCCGAUGCGUUCCUCACCUGUGAAACUGUGAUUUUUGCCUGGGCCAUUGGUGGAGAGGGUUUUUCCUAUCCACCUCAUGUUGGAUUAUCCCUUGGCACUCCGUUCGACCCACAUUAUGUGCUCUUAGAAGUCCAUUAUGACAAUCCUACAUAUGAAGAAGGCCUAAUAGAUAAUUCUGGACUGAGGUUAUUUCAUACAAUGGAUACAAGGGACUAUGAUGCCGGGGUGAUCGAGGCUGGCCUCUGGGUGAGCCUCUUUCACACCAUCCCUCCAGGAAUGCCUGAGUUCCGGACUGAAGGCCACUGCACUCUGGAAUGCCUAGAAGAGGCUCUGGAAGCUGAAAAGCCAAGUGGAAUCCACGUGUUUGCUGUUCUUCUCCAUGCUCACCUGGCUGGCAGAGGCAUCAGGCUGCGUCAUUUUCGCAAAGGGGAGGAGAUGAAAUUACUCGCCUAUGAUGAUGAUUUUGACUUCAAUUUCCAGGAGUUUCAGUACCUAAAGGAAGAAAGAACAAUUUUACCAGGAGAUAACCUAAUUACUGAAUGUCGAUACAACACAAAAGACAGAGCCGAGAUGACUUGGGGAGGCCUAAGCACCAGGAGUGAAAUGUGUCUCUCAUACCUUCUUUAUUAUCCAAGAAUUAAUCUUACCCGAUGUGCAAGUAUUCCAGACAUUAUGGAACAACUUCAGUUCAUUGGUGUAAAGGAGAUCUACAGACCAGUCAC